UUCGUGUUCAUCCCUAAUUUUGAUCUUUAUAUUCCAGACUAUUUCAAUAUUGCAUCAAGCUCUAAAACAAUCUUCGGAAUGAAUUUUUACAAGACCUGUUUCCUACUUGUCCUCAUCGUCGUGUACGUCAAUGCAGUAGCCAUGGAAGAGUUUGCUCCUGAGGAAGAAAGUGCUUCAAGCCCUCGCGUGAAGAGACAAUGGGGUUGGGGUGGCAUGGGCUGGGGAGGCAUGGGCGGCUGGGGAUGGCGACGACCUUGGGGAGGUUACUAUGGAGGUUGGGGAAGGGGCUGGUGGUGA